CGCGAGGAGGGAGGCGGCUGAGAGCGCGGGAGGCUCUGCGGCGGGCGCGGUGGGCGCGGGCGGCGGGGCCCCGGGAUCCCCGCGCGCCUCCUCCGCGCGGCGCCGCCGCCGCGCGUCCCCACGCCCCGCGCUCCACGGCGCCCUCGCCCCGCGCGCCUCCCGUGCCCGCCUCCUGCCAGCCUCCGGGCCGCGGCCGUCUGCAGAGCGAGCGCUCAGACGGAGCCCCCGGGCAACUUGAGUGGCGCCGAUCGGCGGCGGAGCUUCUGGCAGAGCCCCCCGACCCGGCAGCGCGGAGGAAACCCGCGUCCUCCCGCGUCGCGUCGCCCCAAACCCUAAGCAGCGCCGCCCCAUCGGCGCGGAGCUCUGGCUGGAGGCAAGAGCCGCGCGCCGGGAGACACGCACCGUGAGCGGCAGCGCCGCCGGCCUCCCUCCUCGCCGCCCCGGAGGGCGAAGCCGCGGCUCCCCAGCCCUUUGCUGCGCGGCGACAGCGCCGGAACACGCCCCGCCUCGCCGCCGCCUUCGCUGUGCCGCCCGCGGAGGGGGCCGCGAGCCCCGCGCCCCGGCCGGAGGAUGUGCGCCCCCGCGGGCCGCCCAGCCUGAGCCAUGCGCCCCAACGGCGGCGGCGCGCCGGCAGGCAUGGAGCCCCGCGCGGCCGCGCUCUGACUCGCUGUGCGCCCCGCGGCCGGCGGGCGGCGGGAGGCGGCAGACCGAGAGCCGGAGACCGGCGCCGCGGGACGGAAGCGAGCGGGCGCGGGCGCCGCGCAGAUGGCCCGGGCGAGCCAGGUCUGAGGCCCUGCUCCCCGAAACGUGACCAUGUGGAUUCAACAGCUUUUAGGACUCAGCUCCAUGUCCAUCCGCUGGCCGGGCCGCCCCCUCGGAAGCCACGCCUGGAUACUGAUAGCCAUGUUUCAGCUCGCCGUGGACCUGCCCGCCUGCGAGGCCCUGGGCCCGGGGCCGGAGUUCUGGCUCCUGCCACGGUCGCCGCCCCGGCCGCCCCGGCUGUGGAGUUUUAGGAGUGGGCAGCCAGCGCGCGUCCCGGCCCCGGUGUGGAGCCCCCGGCCGCCCCGAGUGGAGCGGAUCCACGGGCAGAUGCAGAUGCCCCGAGCCAGACGGGCCCACAGGCCCCGGGACCAGGCGGCCGCCCUCGUGCCCAAGGCAGGACUGGCCAAGCCCCCAGCUGCUGCCAAAUCCAGCCCUUCCCUCGCCUCUUCGUCCUCGUCCUCGUCCUCCGCGGUGGCCGGUGGGGCCCCGGAGCAGCAGGCCCUCCUGAGGAGAGGCAAGAGGCACCUGCAGGGGGACGGUCUCAGCAGCUUCGACUCCAGGGGCAGCCGGCCCACCACAGAGACUGAGUUCAUCGCCUGGGGGCCCACGGGGGACGAGGAGGCCCUGGAGUCCAACACAUUUCCAGGCGUUUACGGCCCCAGCACGGUCUCCAUCCUACAAACACGGAAGACAACUGUAGCCGCCACCACCACCACCACCACCACCACCACGGCCACCCCCAUGACGCUGCAGACUAAGGGGUUCACCGAGUCGCUGGAUCCCCGGAGAAGGAUCCCAGGUGGGGUUAGCACAACAGAGCCUUCCACCAGUCCCAGCGACAAUGGGGAAGUCACCCAGCCCCCAAGGAUUCUGGGGGAGGCCUCAGGUCUGGCUGUCCAUCAGAUCAUCACCAUCACCGUCUCCCUCAUCAUGGUCAUAGCUGCUCUCAUCACAACUCUUGUCUUAAAAAAUUGCUGUGCCCAAAGCGGGAACACUCGUAGGAACAGCCACCAGCGGAAGACCAACCAGCAGGAGGAGAGCUGCCAGAACCUGACGGACUUCACCUCGGCCCGGGUGCCCAGCAGCCUGGACAUAUUCACCGCCUAUAACGAGACCCUGCAGUGUUCGCACGAGUGCGUCAGGGCGUCUGUGCCCGUGUACACCGACGAGACGCUGCACUCGACGACGGGGGAGUACAAAUCCACAUUUAAUGGAAACCGACCCUCCUCUUCUGAUCGGCAUCUUAUUCCUGUGGCCUUCGUGUCUGAGAAAUGGUUUGAAAUCUCCUGCUGACUGGCCGAAGUCUUUUUUACCUCCUGGGGGCAGGGCAGACGCCGUGUGUCUGUUUCACGGAUUCCGUUGGUGAACCUGUAAAAACAAAACAAACAAAACAAAACAAAAAAGACAAAACCUAAAACUAAGCUAUCUAAGGGGGAGGGUCCCCGCACCUACCACUUCUGUUUGCCGGUGGGAAACUCACAGAGCAGGACGCUCUAGGCCAAAUCUAUUUUUGUAAAAAUGCUCAUGCCUAUGGGUGACUGCCUUCUCCCAGAGUUUUCUUUGGAGAACAGAAAGAAGAAAUGAAAGAAAGGAACCGGAGGCAGAGAGACGAGGAUACCCAGCGAAAGGGACGGGAGGAAGCAUCCGAAACCUAGGAUUCGUCCUACGAUUCUGAACCUGUGCCAAUAAUACCAUUAUGUGCCAUGUACUGACCCGAAAGGCUCGGCCGCAGAGCCAGGGCCCAGCGAAUCACGCGGAGAAAUCUUACAGAAAACAGGGGUGGGAAUCUCUUCCGAUAGAGUCGCUAUUUCUGGUUAAUAUACAUAUAUAAAUAUAUAAAUACAAACACACACACACACACUUUUUUUGUACUGUAGCAAUUUUUGAAGAUCUUAAAUGUUCCUUUUUAAAAAAAAGAAUUGUGUUAUAGGUUACAAAAUCUGAUUUAUUUAACAUGCUUAGUAUGAACAGAAUAAACCAGUGUUUUCUACUUUCGCAA